AUGAUUUCAAUAGAUAUUUUAAUUCCGAUCCUUUCUAUAUUAUUAAAAUUUCCAAUAUUGAUAAUCUUACCUUUUUACAAAUUUUCAAAUGAAAAUAGAAUAACAAUAAUAAUAUGUUUAAUCUACUCAAUUUUCAUCAAUGGAUUUUUAAUAUUUAAUGAUUGGCAUAAAAGUAAAGGAAGCUGGCUUCCAGUCGGAGAAUUAGUAUCACAUAAAAGACAAAAAUAUAUUAUAAUAACCGGUGGCAGUAAUGGAUUGGGCAAACAAAUCAUCGAGGAUUUUUUAAAGACAUAUUCAAAUAUUGAAAUAAUUAAUCUGGAUAUAAAGCCUUGGGAUAACUCUCUCAAAACAGAUAGAGUACAUCACUUUACUGUCGAUUUAUCAAAUAUUGAAGAACUAACUGCCGUGAUUGGAAAUAUUAAAUCUAAGUAUUUAAUAAAUGGUGUCAAUCCAAUCGCCUUAAUCAAUAAUGCCGGUACUAGAACUGAAUAUAAAACACUCUUUCAAUCUAAUAUUAUUGAUGAUGAGAAAAUUUUUACAACAAAUCUUAAGGCCCCCAUCUUAUUAAUUCAACAACUAAUUAAUACUAAUUUGAAAGAAAAGACAAAAGAUACCGGUCAAUGUUAUAUAAUCAACAUAGCUAGUUCUCUUGGGAUCUUAUCACCAUCUAAAGUCUCAACAUAUGCUGCUAGCAAAGCUUCGCUGAUUGCAAUGAGUAAUUCUUUGUCCCAUGAAUUAAUGCAAGAUACUGUUCUAAAAGACCGUAUUCGAUGCUUACUAGUGAUAGUUGGCCAAUUAAAUACAACAAUGUUUAAUGGAUUUGAACCUCCAAGACAGUUUUUAGCGCCAGUCAUUGAUAUUAAAAUGUUAUCAACAGAAUUAAUUAAAUGCCUGGAAAUUGGUAAAAGGGGUGAACUUUAUUUGCCAUUUUAUUCUAAUUUUGUAUAUCCAUUAAUGUUUUUACCGUAUAGCAUACAACAUUUCGCUCGAUGGAUAUCUCAAAUGGAUAGUUGUUUACCUGAAGAAAAGGCCAAGGCGCCCAAAUGA